AUGAAAUUGGUAGCUAUUAUUGUUGGAUGCAUCUUGGCUGUAGUCUGCAUAUUAUACAUUGUCAGUAAUGCGGUUCCAUCAUGGGUUGAAAUAACUACUGGAAGUUAUACUUCUACAUAUGGCUUAUGGACAAUUUGUGCCUCAAGUCUUGGCGUGAGAGAGUGCGUUCCACUCAAAUGCUCAACAGCAAUCGGCGAUUCCAGUUUCUGUAGUAGAAUAUUAGCUGGUAGAGCUUUUAUGACAUUAGCUUGUAUUUUAUCUGGUAUUACAAUGAUAUGUCUCUUUAUAUGUGCAUUUAUAGAUGAAAAGACAAGUCGAAUAUUAUUACUAAUAGCUAAAACACUUGCUUUUAUAUGUUUAAUUAUGGGAAUAAUUAGUGUUGCAGCUGGCGGCAGUACUAUACAAACAUUAAGUCAAGAUGGUGUUAAAUGCAGUUUGAGUGCAGCUUCUAUACUAGGAAUUGUUGCAAUUAUCAUCAAUUUUGUUGGUGUUAUUGCAAGUUUCUUUAUCAAACGAUCUCAAAAAUAA